UUGGAAUUUCUUAUCCUGAGUCAUUUUACGUGUAGGAUCCAGUUUUGUAGUCUAGACCCCAUUCCUUUUCUACUGGAACUAGGUGCUGUUUACAUAAGAACCAGAUGGUAGUGGAAAGAACGUGUCUGAGUCAAAAUGUAAGGGUGUUGACUAUUGUCACAGGAAUGGCAAGAGAGAACAAUACUGCAUAUUGUACACGGAUGUCAACAAUGGUGGCCUUCAAUGGUAAUUCAUAUAGUAACUAGAGAUUACAAUCUCACCUAUUUUGUAAUGAAAAUGACCAGUCACGCAGGUGGUGCUGGUCACUCUAGGUAAAUAUGAAGUUUCUUGCAAACUAAAAAAUGUUGAACUUAAAUUGUCUGGAAUAGUAAGCAGUUUAUAAAAUCCAGUAAAAGUAAUAGUAUUUUGUAUGAUAAAACAUGUUCACAAACUGUGUUUCUGUUUAAUGUUUUAAUAAAGACUGUGCAUUUUGUAUUUCACUUUGUGUCAUUUCCACUUAAUAUCAUGACUGGGUUAUCUAGAGAUGCAGCAUUACUUCAUAGUCACUGUCUUGACUGAAUCUCCAAUUAUUAACCCUUAUGCUGCAACAUUUGGAUAUAUCUGAACAAACAUUUAUACCUGGUGGCUGUGAAAUUGGGAUUUAUCCCAUGGCUACCAAAAAAAAAUGUUACCCUCUACUGUACCAUUCAUGUGUGUUGGCAUUGGGAUCUAGAUGCUUUAAAAAAAAUACUGCAACGAGCAGGAACAUCUCUGCAUUCUUCAAACAACUGAUAUAUUGCACAGUGGAAGGGUUAAGUAAACAUAUCUGAUUGCUCAAAGGUUAACUGAGUUUUAGAUUAAUAAACUAAAAUACUAACAUUCCAUCUAAAGAAUAUUCAUGUUUGUUGAAACUGCUUCUAGUGUGGAAGAAAUUCAUAACAGCAUUUAGUCAUUUUACUGUAUUUUAUGUAGCCAUGUGUGAAUGUGUAGAUAAGUUUAUUUAGGUAUGGCCAAAAGAUCUUUUAUGAAAAAAGAAAACCUUCUUAGAGGUUCAAUAACUAAAAAAGCCCCCCCCCCCCAUCUCUUGUAGUGUAUCAGUUAUUUUGCCAGAAAGGGAAUACAAGGUGUCUGUAGUAUGGUACGUCUGUUGCCACAAGAAAUCAUGCUCUGCACUUUGAGAUUGUGUGCAUUAUAAGAGUAACAGUCACAUCACACUAGCACAGGAGGUGGCAGUAGGUGCUGUUAAUUAGGUGCCUUUUCUCGUUUUGUGCACCCAGUUUUCCCCUUUUCUGAAUUAUCAUUGUAUUUAAAACCACCUUUCGUUUGGGAGCACAAAGUGUUAAGGCAUUGUUGUUGAAUUUCUGUUCAUACAUUUGUUGAAAUUUAAUUGUUUUUAAAAUUAUCUUUUUAAAUUAGCAUAGUAUAUUCUUAUGGGUGAUAAAACGUGAACUAAUUAUUCUGCCCUAGGGUUGUUUGUAUGCAAGUACGUGUUAUGUUGUUUGUAUUUAAUUUAAGGUAAGGACAUCAAGUAAGUAGGAGGAGACUAAAAACUGUUUAACUCAUCUGUCACAUUAAAAUCACACAACCAACGCAAGUAUUUAAACAAAAUUCAGUUUAGCUAAUUUGUUUUUCAGUCAUGACAUGGAAUGUUAUGCAACAUAACCUAUGUCUCUGAAGUAAUAUGACUGAAUGUGCAUGGGAGUUGUCCCAAGGCUUUCUGGAGUAUGUAUUUUGAUGCCAUCUAUUAAAAAUCUUUAUACUGAGUCUGGGCUGGACUUGUAGAGCUUUAUAUCAAGUGAAACAAAUUAUUAUUGUAAAUCAGAAAAUUGUGGCUAUUGUUCUAUCCAUUCAACAUUAAAUAUCAAAAAGUACAAGAGUGGAAAUUAUUAAUUGUUGAGAAUGUUCUACAGUUUAAUAUAAAUAUUUCCACAAAUAAAAUGUCUUUCACGUGCUACAGCGUGUUCUUUUGUAACAUUUGUGCCAAACAGUUUUCUGGACCAAUUCCAUAUAAGAUCCACAUGGAAAGUAAAAGUCAUGAAAAAAUGCUGAAAACUUGGAAACUGGGGAAGGAAAUUCAAUCAAUUCAGCAGGCUGAAGGCUCUCCUGAUCACUCUGUUUCUCCUCUAGAGGCAUACAGUAAAGAUACAAAAUCUGAUUCUGAACCUGCUCUUGAAAAGUUUCAAACUCAGCCUGACAAUAUCCAGAAUUGCCCAUUAACUUGUAAAUAUUGUGCAGUAAGAUUCUCGGGCCCAGAGUGUGCUAAACAACAUUUUGAAAGUCCCAAACAUAAUAAAAAAAUACAAAGUUUAUCCCUGGAACAAAGCUUAAUGACAAUGUUAAGAAAUCCUGGUGUAACACAAAAUGACAAGCAGGAGAGUAAAGACAGUUGUAAUGAGGUAAACACUGACAGAAUUUGUAACGAUACAGAUAGCGCAGCUGAACUUGUGAAUGAGAGUCUUCAAACUAGAUCUCAUAAUUUUAUUUCAGAAUUCAGAGAUUGUCCAUUAAUUUGUGAAUGUUGUGCUGUACGAUUCUCUGGCCCAGAGUGUGCUAAGCAACAUUUUGAAAGUUCCAGACAUAUGAAAAAACUAAAAAAUUUAGCCCUUGCAAAAAGCUUACAAAAAUACAUAAACCAGGAGAGUAAAGAUAGUUGCAAUAAGGCAAACGCUGAUAAAACUUGUGAAGAUACAGAAAGUAAAUGUGAAGCUGUUGGAGAGAGGCUUCAAACUAGAUGUGAUAAUUUUCAUAUUGCAGAACACCAAAGUUGGUCAUUAGCUUGUAAAUGUUGUGCAGUAAGUUUCACAGGCCCUGAGUGUGCUAAGCAGCAUUUUGAAAGUCCCCGACAUUGCAAAAAAAUACAAAACUUAGACCUCGCAAAAAGCUUAAUGAAAAUGUCAAUAAAUUCUGACACUACUAAAAAUGAAAACCAACAGAGUAAAGACACUUGUAUUGAAGUACACACUGAUGGAAUUUACAAAGAUACCGAAUAUGAACAUACCACUGCCAAUGAAAAGCUUCAAACUGGGUCUAAUACAUUUACUUCAGAACCUAAAGAUUUUCCCCUAACUUGCGAAUGUUGUGAGGUAAUGUUCACAAACUUGAGGUGUGCUAAGCAGCAUUUUGAUGGCAUUCAGCAUAAAACAAAACUACAGUGUUUAACUACUGAAAAAAGCUUAUUAAAAUUACCAAUAUAUUCUGACCCCAAAGAAAUUAACAGUAGGAAGGUAAAUACUGAGAGAAUACAUUAUAUCUUAGAGCAGUCUCCAGAUAAUAAAGUUUAUCACAACAUCCCAGAUAUUUUGCUGCAACAUUCUAAUGGGCACUCAAAGAAGUUGGAUAAAUCUGAAAUUAUUCCUGGGGCAUCAUCAAACUCCAAGCAAUUGGAAAAUCAUAUCAGUAAUGCUAAAAUCAAGAGUAUUACUAGAGACUCUGAUAAUAAGAAAGGUGCACUUUUGUGUGAUAUCUGUAAUAUCUCACAUUUUAGUAGCUUUACAGAGGCAUUAAGACAUUAUGAAGGUGAAGAACAUGAAUCAAGAAAGAAAGCCUUAUUGUCUUCGUAUUUUGAAAAUCAUUUGUGUAGUCCCUAUAAAGAAAAGAAAAUCAUGGACACUGAGGUACUCAGUACAGUUAAGAUGCAUAUGACACAGAAUGAAGAUACAGAAGAGUUUUAUUCUUGUGUCGAUACUCCUUCCAAUAAUUAUUUAAUAUGGUGUCCAAAAGUGGAUUCUUUAGCUGACCCUCAGGCUAAAGACUGUAGUGAAAACUUAAAUAUCUUUCAGCCAAAUGAAAAAUUUAAGAGGAAAUAAAUGUAACAAAUAGUUUGUUCCAGAAUAUAGUUAUUUGCUUAAUAAUUUAACUAUAACAACUGUACUACAAGUUAGAAACAUCACCAAGUUAAUAAAGUAUAUACAUACACACAUACAUAGAAUAAAUUUCCAUUUGAUAUGAAUAAAUGGGAUCCUAUAGGCUCAAAACCUUAUAGCAUAAGCACUUUCAGAAAAUGGACUUUUCUUCAUCAUUGAUGUGUAGGAAAUGGAGGUCCUAAAGGUUUGCAUAAGAUGUAGAGAGAGUGUUCGUUUUUUUAUAUUCCUUCAAAUUAAAUCUUUAAUAAACAUUCUCUACCAGCAAAAUUUGAAACUAAAAAGAAGUAUUCAGGAUUGUAACAUACAAGGUGAUUACAGUUACAUUAUGUGUUCCAGUGCUUAUAACUCCCAAACAUACUUCAUAUGUUAACAGAAUGAAGUGUGCAUACACAAGGUCAUGGGCAAAGCAUUCCCCAAAUUUGCAGACUUCGCAAGAUGCGAAUUAUACCAAAACAACUGUGUUUUUAAAUAAUUUGAAGUUGGUGAGUAACGGUGACAGGAAGAAAUGGAGUCACCAGUUCUAGUCCUCUGCCAUUUUCAAUAACAGUUUAAGCAAGGUGUAUCACUACUGUGUUUAGAUCAAGAAUAUAGCACUGAAUGCUGCUUUCAAGAUCAACAAUCGUAUGCAGAUGGUCAUAGGUUUCAUUUAGCCAUGUAAACAGAAACCUGCAGAUAAGCCAUUCCUCAAAUUUGAAGACUUUGCAACUGUUUUUUAAAUAAUUUGAAGUUGAUGAGUAACGAUGACAGGAAGAAAUGGAGUCACCAGUUCUAGUCCUCUGCCAUUUUCAAUAACAGUUUAAGCAAGGUGUAUCACUACUGCGUUUAGAUCAAGAAUAUAGCACUGAAUGCUGCUUUCAAGAUCAACAAUCGUAUGCAGAUGGUCAUAGGUUUCAUUUAGCCAUGUAAACAGAAACCCGCAGGUGCGAGAUCUAGAACUUUGGUGGCCAAAUGUGUGUAAAUCUUCUAGUGAUGGUUCAUUGACAAAAGCAUUGCAGAACUGUUUCUUCACAGUUGGUUGUGUACCACCUUGUAUAAACAGUGUCUUAUUAACAUAUUAGAAGGAUGUAGCUAAAAGGAAAGUAUUGAAGGCUGUGCUCUAUUAACUGUAAAUAACUGAAGGAAGUAAUCACAUGAUCCAAGAUAAACAUUUAUUUGUAAAAUAAAUUCAUUCUACAAAAUAAGUUGAACUAGUUUCAACUACAACAAGAGAGGUGUAGUUGUAAAAUCCACCUCUUUUCUGUGCGAAUCCAUACCAAAUUCACCAAAAAAAUUUAAAGCAGAUCUUUUCAUCCAAAAACUACAACCACAGAUGAACAGGGACAAAUGAUGGAACUUAUAAUUAGGUUUUUUUUAUUGACUUCUGUUAUUACAGUAGGAAUGUUUGGUAAUUGUCGAAGUGUUUAAUUUGCACUAAUAAACUUCAUUCCAUAUAAUGUUAACUAUACGUACGAAUUAAAAUGUCUUAUGUAAACCACAAUAAGCUUUGUAAUGUCAGUAAUGGUUCUGAAGAGGCUGUAAAUUAAAGUGUGGGGAAUAAGAAAAUCUAAAUUUCGUGUUAUAAGGUGACUUGUUUCUAAAAUAAAUAAAUUGGAAUUUAUUAGAUUAAUUUUAUUUUAACUAUUGUCAUAACAGUUAUUAAAAGGUCAUAUCAAAUUAGUUAAUUGUCUCAGAUUUCAUUUAAAAGAUGUAUAUAACUGUGAUGCGUGCAUCUUCACUUCAUUCAAUAUUAUAACCUAGGAUCUUCUCUGCUAAGCAUAUUUUCAAAACAUACAGAUUUUCUCUGUGAUUCUAGUUCAACCGUGAAUAUAAGUUAACUUGGAUUUACAUUUAAAUUAUAGAAAAAAAAUCAAAUAUAAUGUCAUUUACUUAAUGGCUAUAGAAGUUCAAAACACACAGAUUUUCAAAUAAACUUUUGAAUAAAUUACUUUACAGUUUCUAAACAUCGUUAAAUAACCAGCAAUUGCCAGAAAAUCAAAAAGUUGGUAAAAUGGAUUUAUAAUGUACAAUCUACUGCAACAUUUUACCACACAAC